AUGGCGGUGCCGGAUACCGCCCAAGCCCUCGUCGGCACUUUUUCUCUUGGUGUUCUCCUCGCUGCGUCGUCGGCCUCCCUCGUUCUUUUCGCCUGGAAGCAUGCGGCCAAAGCACUCAGAGAUGGUCUGAGGCUGGCCCUCAUCUCGUUUCUCGCCCUCUCCUCUGCCUGGGCCCUCACAGGUUUCAUUACAACCGCUGCCAACCCUCAAAGCCGUUCAGCAUGCCAAGUCGCCGUCGUCUUCUCGACUUUGUUCGACCAGUUCGCUAGAUUCUCGGUGGAACAGUUUCUGCUCUGGGCAGCCCCUGUGGAAGGCGCGCCCAAGGCUCUCCAAAUCGGCUCGCAGGUUCUUCUGCUCGCCCGCUUGGUCCUCGGCGUCGCCUAUGUCGGCCUUAUCAGGCCCACCUUCGACCCGACCUGCGUCCCACGCGCCUCGAUUCCCUAUCUGGCCGUCGUUCUCAUCAUUACCGACGCCGUCAUUGUCGUCCUGCUUGCUAUCAAGGCCAUCUCGAGCGGUGCUUCGUCUUCGAAUCUAUCCACACGAAGCGCGAAGCAGAGCAAGAGUGUUUUCCUUAGCAUCGCUGGGCUUGCAAUCUGGAUGGGCAUGAGCGUGACAUACCUCCUUGGAUUUGAGCAGAUCGACUUCGUCUUCCGGAGCGCGAUCCCGGCUGCGGGUCAACUCAUCCUGAUCCUGAUUCUGACUUUGUUCUCCGGUCUGCUUUUCGCGGAGCACGACGCUUCUCGGCUUGGGAGCUCUUCUCGUAGCACUCCGUCAUCUUCUCGAUCCGUUGAAGCACCGCCAGUCAACUAUGAGGACCUGAAGCGGGAUAACCUGCAAAAUGUGCCUCGUUUCAUCUCAAGGAAUGCAGAUGGCACCUUUCCCCCCAUCUCAAGACCGUUGGCCAACGAGGACUAUGCUGCUUCUGCCAUCCCCACGCAGCAGGCCUACACUGGACCGAUCGCUGAACUUGAUGGAACACGAUCCAAAUCGCCGUGGGGCAGAUUCUUCUCGGGCAACGAGCGUAGCGAAGCCCCGAGGAUGCCUCCGGGUCAAUUCAAAAUCUCGGGCCCAAUCCUCCACGAUGAUCCCAACGAUGAACACAACCCUCUGCGCCGCAUUCAGACGAUUGACCUAGCCACAGCAAUGGAACAGGACCGGGAAAGACGCCUCCAGCGGGCUGCCACAAGCCCCGGUCUCAUCGCCACACGCCCUGCGCCAUCGCCACCUCGACCAUCGACAGCCAGUGCAGCACUAUCACGAGGCCAACCCGGCCUUGCGAUCAAGAAGAAGCCACUAAGAGCCACAGCACCGCCAGGGGCUCUAUCACCCGAGCCAUCCGAGAUGCCCGUUCUGAGGAGCCGCCUUGAUGUCGAGUCUCAAGCCGCUUCGAGCUCGAUGCAACUGUCACCCGGAGUGGAAGCGAUGAGACGACGAUCUCCUCGAUAUCCCGAGAGUAGGCCCGUGACACAAAACAUGGCAACGACGCCAACAAGUGCCCGUCUGACGAAUCUUCGAGAAGAGGUGCCUGAGGUUCCGCCGCUGCCGCCUUUCAAGUUCUCGAACACACCACACGCUCCUGGUAAGGGCCUGCCAUCUAACCCAAGAGCCGGGCCCCGGGUCGCACCGGCUCCGCCUGUCCCAGCCGAGAACUCGACGGCGGUCAUGCUCGUUACGGAAAUCGUCUACAAGGAUCCCGACAUGGUCAGAAACGUCCUCCACAAGAAAGCGAAGUCCGCGCCCAUCCUCGCCAAGCCAAUGGGCUCUGUCGUACACCGACCUCGUCCCAUCCCCAGGAAUCAGGCAGACCGCCAGGUCUUCCCAGCGGAGGCUACUCUGAAUCGUGGCCAUCGACGAUCUCUGUCGAGCGGUUCUCUUAUCACGGGCAAGUCUAUCCUCUAUGUUGAUCCGGGCAACCCCAAGAUGCUACCACCGCUCCCGGAGCCCCCAAAGACGGCAGAUAGCGUUCGCUUCCCCACAGGUUCGGCGGUCGACAGCCAACGCACUUCAGAUCGCCCGCCGCAGUCGAGGCGUGCUUCCGCCGUGCAAGAUCGCAAAUCGGUGGUUGAGGAUCUGCGCCGGGCUCAGGACCGCCUGAGGCUGAACCAGAAAGCCUCCACUGGCGAUUCUGGGUUUGCGAACAAGCGUGUCUCCGCAGCCACUACUAAGGCCAGCAUCCGCACAAUGAGCAUCUUCGGCCUCGAGGAGAACCAUUCACACCAGUACCAGCAGCGGCAGGAACAAGUAGAGCAGCCGGAGCAGGCCAACGAGGAUGAUGCGAGCACUAUCGGACCAGCUACAGCGAAAGAAGUCGAUGGUGAUAACGAGUCAUGGCGCCGACAGACCCAGUCCGACGGUCGCAGCAGCACUUUUACUUCCCGAUCUCAGCGCAAAUCCUCUCCGGUUAUCCCAGACUUCCAAAACCUCACCUUUAGCCCUACGGGCAGCAUCCCGGCCACCGCGACCACCCCAUGGGAAAUGCCUGCUGCUAUGCACAUGCCUGUGUCGAAGCACCAAGCUCACAGCACGUAUAUUGGAAAGGACAAGCCCGGUUCCCCUGCGCACACCGUCUCCGAUGGCAAUGUUUGCGAGGCUGUGAUUACUGUCAUGUUGGAUGAUGGACCAGCUGCCAGUGUUGAAGAGACGAUCCUCACAGCCAAAGCCCGUCCCCAAUCCGUAGUAGAGGAAGCCACUCCUGUACAAACGCCCACCCCUGCUUUGGAGACGUUGAUGCCAACCCGGUUCCAUCGUAAAAUCGGCGAUGAAUGUCUCUCCUUCUCCGCAAGGAAGUCAGCCGUCUUGAAGAAGCGCGUCCCGCCGCCGCCACCGUUACCUCUGAGCAUGCGCACGAGGCCUAUGAUCAUUCAGACAGCCGAGCCAUCGCCUCUCGAGUCGCCAGAAGAGGCGUAUCGCUUGAUCCAGCAACAACUUGACAACCUUGACCGCCCAGAUGCCCGGGCAGAGGACAACGAAGAUCAAGAGAUUGCGCUUCUGGCAGAUCUUGAAGCAGAGAUGGGUCUCCAGGAGAACAGAUGGCAGGACCUCCACAACAACAUGGACCGUGGCUCUAUCUCCACGUUUGCUUCUACGCCUGAUAUCCAAUCUCGCCCCGCUUCCUCUGUCGCCCGCAGUUCCAUCAGAUCGUCUCAAGGUGACCUGGCUGGAGUCUACGGUGCUUUCCUGCAGCCAGGGCGUGCCAAUGCUCAGAUGCCAGCGCGUGGCUCGAACUUGGCCAACAGCCUUGAGUAUCUGCGUGGUAACAACAAGGAACGCCUCUCCCAGGCUGAGUGGUACCUGCAAAACUCUGCGCAGCUGAGCUCCAAGUCUGCUGGCACUACGAUGACCAGGCUCACCAUGGCGGAAAUUGGUAGUCCCAGCCCGCCCGACACCAACGAGUCUGACUUUGAGGUCGACUUUGCCGAGGAGCUCGAGCUCGACUCUCCUGUCUCGAUGCAAGACUUCCCGGUGGUUCCUGCUACUACAAAGCUCUGGAGACCACGACACAAUGUACAUCAAGUGUCCAAUGAGCCGUUGUGGGCUGCGCCAGUUCAAAUGCCACGCAGUCCCGACCUUUUCGCCAGCCUAGGUGACAUCCCGAUCUACGUGCGCACUCGUCGCACAUUCGAGGAGCCUCUAUUCGUCGACUCGUUCCGCCUCUGGGUCAAGCCCGUUGCCACGAGGAACAUUCCUGCCGGCCUGUGGCAAAAGGCUCAACCCCUUGUUAUCCGCUCGCAGAUCCGCGCCAAGGCUCUUCCCCCUCGGCCAUUGACUGUGCGCCCGCCUCGUCGGCAAAAGCGCAUCUCCCAGCUGGCUGACAUCUUGGAGAGCCCCAAGCCUCUGCCUAACAAGAGAGGCACUCUUGGCUUCUUCCAGUUCCCAUGGGGUGAGCAGAGCGAGCACCCUGUCGUCUUCCAGCGCCCCGGCCGCCUCACGGCGAUGCCAGGAACCAUGUCCACCGGCACCUCGCCGCUGAGCGCGAUUCUGGAAGCCCGCGCCCGCCAGCUCGCAGCCCAAGAGCAGGCCAUGCAAGACCUCACCAGCCAGAGCCAAACUCAAAACCAGAACGUCACGACCCCUGGCGACGAUGAGUUCGACGAAAACACCCUGUGGGAGAUUGCAAAUCUCCUGCGCGCUGACCAUAUCCCCUCCCGGGACAGUCUGUUCCCCAGCCUUGACGACUACGAGAACGAGGACGAUGACUUCGACAUGGAUGCCUACGCGGCCGAGAUGCUUUCUGACGAUGGCGAAGACGAUUCUGAGGAGAUGGAGACGGACGAGUCGGAAGACGACGAGCUUCCGUACUCGUUCGAGAUUGUCAGCGGCAGUCCUGUCUCUGUCGUGUCUUCGAUCCACUCACUCUCUGGAACCGAGCCUGAGCCGUCUCUGCUCUGGGACAAGACCUCGGGCUUGUACCACAAGUCUGGCGGUUUCGGCCUUGAACAGCCCUCGGAAGACCAGUGGUCUUCUUACGCGCAGGAUGCUUCCGAGCGCCCUAUCUUCCGGCACCUCAACGAGCCUGCCAUUGAGAUUGAGAGCGCUUCUCUCUGGGCAACUGCUGUCACCCAGAGCCCGGCCACAAGCCAGUCUUCUUCCUUGUGGACGAAGCCGCUGCCGGCUUUGCCUGAAGCCACGAAGCCUCAGACAGCCGCGACAUCUGUUCAGACUUCCGUGUUCGCAUCGCUCUGGGCCGCCUCUGAUGCCUCUGAAUCCUCUCAGAAGUUCGGACUGGCUCAGCCGCAAGCAGCCAAGUGGGAGGCUUACACGGACAAGACUACGGAACGCCCUACCUUCAGACACUUGAACGAGCAGCUCACCACGGUCGAGAGUCGUUCCCUGUGGACAAGCACCCAGACCAAGGUCAUGAGCUCGAGCAAGCAAUCUCUGCUGUGGUCUAGCGCUGCCUCAAAGAUUGUCAGCCCCGUGAAGGCGUCCUUGUGGAACUCAGCCGUGCGAUCCGCGACUGAGCCCAUCCGUGCUCAUGGUCUGCCGCAGCCCGAAAAGAUCGAGUGGCAAAGCUACGUCAACAACGACAAGGCGCGUCCGACUUUCCGCCAGCAGUCCGGCGAGAUCGAUCUCCUGCAGAGCAACUCCCUGUGGGGCCUGCCCGAGUCUCAGCCCUUGUGCGAGGAGCCUGCCUCCUUCCUCUGGGGCCAGACCGCCGUGACAGAGCCUGCCACCCAGUCUUCUCCUUCGGCCCCGACCGCUCUGUGGACCAAGGUGGCUGCUGUCAAGCCUGCAGAGACUUCUAAGUGGCUUUUCAACCUCGCCCAUAACGGCAAAGAUCGCAAGCGGACCUCUCGUGAGGUCAUCUCUGUCUCCGGUGUUCGUGCUGUCCCUCAGCGGAACGAGCCACUUGCCCAGCUCCAGACAACUUCACUCUGGACCAAGGAGGUUGCGCAGCAUGAACCGACCGGACCGUGGAUGACUGUCAAGCCCAAGGUCGCCGUCGCUACUAGGGCUGUCGUUGCCACGAAGCCAGUAGUGCAGUCCGUCGCUGCUCCCGUUGCCGUUUCCAAGUCUGUCCCUGCUACUCUGUGGGUGAAGAACAUCGUCGGAACACAGGCGACCACGGAAACUGGACUUUGGAGCUUCCGUCAAGUUGCUGCCGCCUCUAGCCAGACUGCCCAUUUGGAAGUCAUGCCCAUCGACCUUGCUCGCAAGCCCCGCGUGCCACAAGAGCCCCUGCCCGCCAUCUCCUCCAGCCAGCUCUGGACUUCUCCGUUGAAGAAGCCAGCUCGGAGAUCGACUUGGCUCGGCUUCGCCGCGGUCCACCGUCCUGCCAGCGGCCACAUCGCCUACACGCAGCUGUGGAGCAUGCCCAACUCGCAGCAGUCGAGCAAGCCCAAGUCGGAGCUCAAGACUGUCUGGACCCGGUCGAUCGUCCAGCCAUCGCGCGUCCAGAGCUUUGCUGGUGAUGACUUUUUCAAUCAUUUCAGCGCACCUUCGAGGCCGCAGACCAUGGUCUUCGAGAACCAGCCGAUCGCCGAGGAAGAGGAAGAGCUGCCGCCCAAGCCGAGCAACAGCAACUGGCUGUCCACCUGGGGCUGGAAGAAGAGCGACUAA